CCACGGCAUUAUGACAGUCGUGGAAGUAAAUAUCCACCCUCCUCAGUUGUGGGUCCGGGUCAGUAAGACUCGUGACUGGGGUAGUGCAUUAGGAGAGCGCAACCCGUGAUGAGACACGCUCCGCCUGGACGUGACCAGAAAAACUCUGGUGACUGGGGUAGUGAAUUAGGAGAGCACAACCGGUGAUGAGACGCGCUCGGUGGAGAUGUGACCAUACAGCGCUGGCGGCGGCCUGGAUGGUGUGCAGCUGCAUUAGGACAGCAGGAGUGAUGAUGGCUGUUCCGAAGAGCGAAAGGGAGAAAGGAAGGGCAGUUUGGGGAGGUUAUUACAUUGGCAUGUGUUUUGCAGCACCUGAGAAACAGCUUUGCUAUUUUUACCUGGCUCCAGAAGGCUGGAAAAUAUUCUUCUUUCUGGCUGUUGUUUUUCCAACGAUCACCAGCAUCCUGGCAUAUUACUGGUCGCAGAACGGUUGGGAUAAUCAUCCUUUAGCCCGGACGCUCGCGGUUCAUGCGCUCCCCCAGUCCAGUUGGAGGGCAGUGGCUUCUUCCAUCAAUACAGAAUUCAGGAGGAUUGACAAGUUUGCUACUGGCGCCCCUGGAGCAAGGGUGAUUGUCACAGAUACCUGGGUGAUUAAAGUGACCACGUACUGUUUACAUGUUGCCCAACAGCAAGACAUUCAUCUAACGGUGACAGAUUCGAGACAGCAUGAACUCUCUCCAGAUUCAAACAUGCCCGUACAGUUCCUCACCAUCAACGUUGCCAGCAUUAACCCAUACGUGAAGGCUUUUGAUAUCCGGCUGAAUUCCACAGAGUAUGGGGAACUGCGGGAGAAACUCCGUGCUCCUAUCCGUAAUGCAGCCAAUGUUGUGAUCCAUCAAAGUCUCAGUGACUUAUUUCUGGAAACCUUUACAUCGCUGGUGGAAAUGAACCAGACGUACCCGGCUCCCAGCAAUCAGGAGCUGGAGCCAUGCAUCGGGUGUAUGCAGACGAAUGCAAACAUCAAGCUUGUAAAAAGCUGCCAAGAGCCAAACGAAGGAGAAUGCCAACAAUGCUACUGUCGCCCAAUGUGGUGUCUGACGUGCAUGGGCAAAUGGUUUGCCAGCCGGCAAGAUCAGCAGCACCCAGAGACCUGGCUUUCAAGCCAAGUGCCUUGUCCAACCUGCAGAGCCAAAUUUUGCAUUUUAGAUGUUUGCAUUAUACGAUGAAUAGUGUCUUGGUAUAGUUUACCUUUCGAAAUCUGAAUGCAUUUCACAGCAGGGUUUGAUACAAGCCCUAUUAGAUUUCAUGUUCUGCUGGAGAAGUAGAAACUCUGUUGUUUCCCCUUCAAAAAGGGCCUGAAAAUGUCAGCCUACCGUCUUUUUAUUUUCACUGUGCUUCUAAAGUUAUCCUCAGUUCUUGUUUCCUAAAACACCAGUUUACAUUCUAGAUUGCUGAAUUUUUUUUUGUAUUCUUAAUUUCUUUUGGACCACACUUUAAAGCAGUGGUGACCCAUUUGCUUUUCAUUUUGGAUGAAAUCCUGGUAUUCUGACUUUAUUUUAAAUGCUAUUCUAGUUAAAGGGUUUAAGCACAAGUAUUUUUAGCAAAGGGCUUUUUCCUUAUCCUAAGCAAAUUGCUAUUGUUAAGGCUAAUAGGCUAAAAAUCUUCUACCUUUAUUUAUCUUGAAUUCAUUUCCAAAGCCUAUUGUUAACCUUUGUGGGCUUUCACUAAAAGAGAUAUGUCAAUACUGUCUUUCUUUUUCUCCUAUUCCCCCAUCUGAACAGGGCUUCAGAACUUUGGGGCCUGAGUUUUCUUAUCUAUAGUAGUACAUGUGACACCUGCGCUUCUUUUUUCUUUUUUAUUCUGUUCUGCUCUGCCCUCGUGUUUACAGACAUUUUUAACAUGCAAGAAAGGUUUAUUAGUAUGUUUAUAUAUAGAUCAUUGACCUAAACUGCUAUUGUUUCUGCAUAGAGUAUCUUCUAAUUAAACACUUAUGUCCCAGA